AUGUGCCAUACCAACACGCACUGGGUAGAAGCUUUGCCUUUGGUGCUCCUCGGAAUCCGCAGUGCUUGGAAAGAAGACAUCCAGUCUUCAGCGGCAGAGCUCGUAUAUGGCGAGCCAUUGCGCCUACCUGGUGACUUCUUCAAGCCUUCAGAAACUACUGCAGUCGACUACUGCAAUUUUGUGGCCAGGCUACGCAACCAUAUAGCUAAAAUCAUCCCAGUUCCUGGCACUCGUCACUCUCAGAGGCCGUUCUAUAUCCCGAAGGACCUCAGCUCUGCAGAUUAUGUUUUCCUACGACAUGGACCUGUCAAAGGAUCACUGGAAUCCCCGUACACUGGCCCAUAUAAGGUUUUGCAGAGAGGAAGCAAAACAUUUAAAAUAGAGAGAGCUGGGAAAGCAGACACUGUCAGUAUUGACAGGCUCAAGCCAGCGUAUAUGUCCAAAGACGAUUGGGGAAAUCUCAGCCACAGCAGCGCUACGCCUGACACGCCAUUAGUUCCGCAAGUGCCUGGAUCUGAUCCCAAUAAUCUGCCGCUAGAGCAGGAACAAACUGCAGAAAAAAGAACUCGUAGCGGCCGAACCGUACACUUUCCGCCCCAUCUUUUUGACUAUCGACCGUAG